UAAUGGCAGCAACGAGAGAGAAAAAAGCUACUAUCACCACCGCCAGCAGCUCUAGCGCCACCACUAAUGGAGGCGCGUUUACCACAGUCAAAGAGACGGUAACAUUGGAGAAAGAAAUAAAGAAGAGCAAAUUCAUAGCCGUCGCCGGCUCAAUCUCCAUCGAGCAAUCCGCUCACUCUUUCCUCAAUCAGGUCAAGGAUCCGCGUGCCACUCACAAUUGCUGGGCUUACAAGGUUGGGGAUCAGUACCGGUCCAGUGAUGACGGCGAACCUUCUGGUACGGCGGGGAAACCAAUUCAAUCGGCGAUUGACUUCUCAGGUUUAGAUAGAGUCAUGGUAGUCGUUAUUAGGCAUUUUGGGGGAAUCAAAUUGGGAGCGGGAGGACUUGUUAGGGCUUACGGUGGAGUGGCGUCGGAAUGCUUGAGAAAUGCUCCGACUUGUCUCAUCAAAUCUAAAGUUCCAAUGGGUGUGGAGGUUCCUUUCGAUCUUCUGGGAGUUCUGUACCAUCAAUUGCAAUCAUUUUAAGCAGAGGACAUUAAACAGGAUUAUGAUACUGGGAAAGAAGGGAUAACCAUGGUUUCAUUUAAAGUUGAUUUCGAUAAGCUUGACAAGUUGGAAGAGUCUAUCAGAGCGAAUUGUAGCAGACAACUUGUGUUCUAAAAGCGUUGAAUUCUACAAUUUUCACAGCUGAAACAAUUGCAAUUCUGUGUUUCAGGGCAUUGGUUACGAUAACCUCAGCCUUUGAUUUAGUCUUCUUCGUCAAACUUUGGAAGCUGAAAUCAAUCGCUGAAACUGAACCAUAGUGACCUCUGAGAUGGUGUUGCAUAUCCUGUUCUAACCACAGGUACAAAGCAGAUGAUUUAUAGGAAGAUUUCUCAACCAAAGAAUGAGAAGAUGGUAGAAACAGUGAACCGUUACCUGUUUCGGACGAACCAUUGGGGGAGCUUGGGUUUUCUCCAGUAGAACUUGUUCCGUAGAAAGAAAGAUCAUAGAUUGGGAAAGUGAUUUUGUUCGAAGAUUAAACAAUCUUUGAACAAGGUAAUACCCUUUUAAAGUUUAUUAAUAAGACCACAUAUGCAUGCGGUAAAGAGAUGAAGAAUAAGAGACAUCAAAGCUAAUAAAUGAGAUUUAAUGCAUGAAA